GGGAUCCCGUCACAUGUAUUCUGGUGGUGCAGUGAGCAACACACACACACACAAAGUCCUGUGCUACAACCACUGUUGCUGCACCUACAGUCUCCUGCAACAACUACAGCGAAUUCACAAAAAUACAUAGCAACUCGGUGGGAAACUGUAGCACUGUCAUCACCCUCCAUACUGAAAACCUGUCGAAUGAGGCAUUGAUAUUACAGUCGCACAUUGGGUUACCUGUCGCAUGGUCGUUGCUCUGCAUCGUACCCGCUCGUCGCGUCUCGUCCUGGCUACACGCUACAGCAUUCUUGAUGGUGUGUCGACGGUGCUGGUGAUAUGAGACUCCAGGCAAUGUGUGUGGUAGUGCUGGUGUGGACGUUGGCGCUUGUGUCUGCUGCCAGUUCUCUUAUGAUCAAGGAGGAGCCCCAAGGGAACACUGAACUCUACGUGGCUCCUGUCUCCUACAGUCGCAAGGACGGGAAGUCUCUUCCCAGCACCAUCAUCAUCUCCAGACCUCUCGGCAUCCAGCCGUAUUCCAAGGACAGAAAACAUCCUGACAUUUUCUCCAUAGUCUCCGAAGAGGAGGACUCAGGUGAAGACGGUCUCCACCUCAAACCAAACAUCAAGUUCUAUAAGAUUGAAUGCAAGAGUGGGAGGUCGUGCACCUCCAUCAUCCCAGCCAGAUCCAUUACAUUCGACAAGCCUACAGCUAAGCCUUUCACAGACGAAGAUAUUAAAAAAUAUCUCAAGCAGUUUAGUCUUCGCGAUGGGUUUCCUUACGAUGAUGAUUAUGAAUCAAGUGGCACUCCCAAAGAGCCGAAGGAAAGCCAGGAAAUGAGACACAUCGGGGAGACUGAUGACUCUGAACACCACACCCAGAGGGCAUUCAGCUCUCCUCAUUUCAAUAGACCUGGCUUCUGGCCGAGGCCUUCGAAGGGUCAAGUGUUCAAGUAUGAACAAUAUGAUCCUGACGAAUUAAAUAGUCCCCCAGGGGUGCACAUCCCGGUGAGAAAUCCCUCCAUUAAUUGGGACAAAAUUUCGGAAACAUUUCCAAAGAGGAGCCCAACGACGGAGUGGCAAAGAGUGCGACCAUUUCGUCCUGGCCCUCAGCACUCCACAUCUAGUUAUUUUUCCAGACCUCAUCAGUCCUCUCGCCCGUAUCUGAACUAUCACAGUAACGAUGAUAGAAUCCAUUUUCCCUACGAUCAUCCCCGGCCCUCCUCAGUGACAACGGCUCGAGCUGCACCGUAUGACGGUGUGUGGAAGCGCUACAGCAUGUCGACAGUGUCCCAGCACGACAAGGACACUGGAGAAUGGGUCAAAAUUUCGAUGAGCAACACCGAACUCGACCAAGGGGUGUUCAAGAAGCACCCUGAUGCCCUGAGAGAGUCUACUCAUCAUGCCAAGGCCAGCCUGACGGUACUUGGGCUGAGUGAACAAUUACCUCCGUCCAGUUUCAGCGGCCGCCUCCCACAGGGCACCCACUUGAUGGAGGUGCCCAAUACCCUACCCGGCAGGCCUCCUGCACUAAUCGAGACAGAUGGGAGUAAAGUAGCAACGAACAACAGACUCAGCUGGAUGCCAGGAAGGCUCAUCAGGGAGCAAUAACAGACUCAGCUGGAUGCCAGGAAGGUUCAUCAAGGAGCAAUAACAGACCCAGCUGGAUGCCAGAAAGGUUUAUCAGCUGGAUGACCCAGCUGGAUGCCAGGAAGGUUCAUCAAGGAGCAAUAACAGACUCAGCUGGAUGCCAAGAAGGUUCACCAGGGAGCAAUAACAGACCCAGAUGGAUGCCAGGAAGGUUCACCAGGCAGUAAUAAUGUAUGCUGGCUAUACUUCAAGGAUACACUUAAGUAUAAUGGCUAUACCACAAGAACUUGAUAACUGUGUUACAAGAACUAUGUAAUGACUAUUCGAGUAUUACGAGAACGACGUAUGACCACACGAAAAGAAUGACAAUCAGCUGGUUGGUUAAUGGGGGGUUAAAGCCUGUUGACUGCACGAGGGUCAUUAAGACUGCAUGGUAACCUUUUCACUACCAAACAAUAGUAAUUUAAUCCCUAAAAUAGAAAUUAACGUAAACUCUCAGUAUACACACUCAGUGACUAUUUUAUUUGGUACAUUUUUUUAGUACUGGGCAGGGUCCCCCAGAACAGCCUGAAUUCUUCGUGGUAUAGAUUCACCAAAGUGCUGGAAACAUUCCUUAGAGAUCCUGGUCUAUAUUGAUAGCAUCACGUACUUGUUGCGGAUUUAUCGGCUGCACUUUCAUGCUGCAAAUCUCUCGUUCCACCAUAUCCCAAAGGUUUAUGGCAAAUUCUGACCCUACCAUCCACAUGUCGCAGCAGAAAUCGCGAUUUGUCCGACCAGGUAUGGUUUUUCCAAUUUUCAGCUGUCCAGUUUUGGUGAGCCUGUUGUCCGCUGUAGUCUCAUUUUCCUGAUUUUAGCUAUCAGGAGUGCAACCUGCUGUGGCCAAUGCUCUUUAAGGCUCGUUGUGUUGUACUUUCAGAGAUGGUCCUCUGCAUAUUUCUAUUGUAAAGCUUAGAUGAGUUAUUGUUACCUUCCAGUCAGCUUGAACCAGUCUGGCCAUUCUUCACUCACCUCUCUCAAGGCUUUUCGCCCACAAAACCGCCUCUCACUGGGGGUUUUGUGUUUUUCACACCAUUCUCUGUAAACUCUAGAGAUUGUUAUGCGUGAAAAUCCCAGGAGAUGAACACUUUCUGAGAUACUCCAACCACCCGUCUGGCACCACGGUCAAAGUCACUUAUAUCACAUUUCUGCCACCUUUCUGAUGCUUGGUCUCAGCAAUAACUGAACCUCUUAACCAUAUCGUUAAGCUUCUAGGCAGUUGGUGUUGCCGCGUGAUUGCUGUUUAACUAUAUGCAUCCACGAGCAAGUGUACAGAUGUACUUAAUAAAGCGUCCAUGGAGUGUAUAAACUGGGAGAUAUACACCCCUCGGAGUAUAUAUCCUGUGAUAUAUACUCCUCGGAGUAUAUAUCCUGUGAUAUAAAUGAUAUAAACUACUUAACUAUGCUAAUUUUAUUUCAGUAAGUCUUUAAGUCAGAAGCUACAAUAAAAGACUUAAAAGAAUUCUAAAAUCUUUAUUACUUGACUAAGUGCAAAUUAAAGUUAGUUUUUUUAUUCCUAAAGAUUUACAAACCAAAGUAAUCUCCGUGUUUGUGGUAGAACAUAGAUGAAUUUUGAUAAUGGUUUGUUCAAGCUUGAUCUCUUCACGCCGUGUGUGUGGCCGGUCAAACUGCAAAACUUUUAUCUAUAUACACACACAUUUACCAUGUUAUAUAUACCAGAAUAUUUUU